AUGGCGAUCGACGGCGCCGCCCCCGCCGAGCUCCCCGGCCCCUUUCCUACGCUGCCUUCCGCGUCCCAAAGCCCCUGGUUCAAGUCAGAUUCUCUACUCUCAUUUCCUGUUCCCGAUCUGUCUGUCUGUUUGUCUGUCUGUCUGUCUGUCUGUCUGUCUGUCUGUCUCUCUCUCUCUCUCUCCUUCCCGCAAAUGCACGUUCUUCCUGCUCGAUUCCAAAUUCAUUUUCUCGGUUUUAUUGCAGCUUCUUCUCGUUUGCCCACCCCCCGCCUCCCUUAAUUCGAUUCCUUUGCGUCUUCCUGUGAAUCGAGAUUUUCACACAUUCUCUGAUUGUCGGACGUUUUCUCAGCCCCGGCCGUCAUUUCUACGUGGCAGUGGAUCGGCACCAUUUCAAAAUGGCACGCAAUUCCCUCCCUUUCACAUUCUCAUGUGUACAUUAGUUUUGUAUACUGUCCGUGACAGUCGCUGCAAAGAUUCAUCUCAUUUUCGCCGGAUCUAUUAUAGGAGACUCUGGUUGACCUGCUGGGUGUCGUGGGUCGUCGCCCGCGGAUUCCGAUCGUACUAUGCUGCAGCUCCCGUGACAAUCUAGAUUCUGUCUGUGCGACGCUGUCUAACCUCUCCUACGUCUCUCUCUCGUAUCUGGUAAUUAUCCUACUUCUGCUCCGUCUGAACCCAGAUAUUGUUGUUGGAGCUAGUUUGAAAACUAUUUUUAUACACUUUCACUGGCACUACUCAUUAUCGGCUCUUGUAAUUAAUUGCUUUUUUUUCACUUAGAUUUGAUAAAUUUUCCAGUGUAAGCUUGGUUUCUUAUCCCCUACAUUCUGUAUUUUAAUACCCUGUCUGAAAAUGUAUGAAAAGACAAUUUAUGAAUGUGAACGAAUAACUAUUGUAAAUUUCUUCAAUUUGAUCUCCAUGAGCUUUGUCAUACCCUGUAGACAAGUGAUAUUCCAUAUGCUUUAGUUGUGAAAAGUAAUGAUGAUCAACCUGUCACCCUUUGCUAAGGGGCUGCUAACUAGCUAAUGACGCACAAGCCCUGUCCAUGACAUUUGAGUUUUGAUACCUCCAGUUUUUUGGACUUCCAUGCUUGUGGAGUUAUCUUCUCUCUGGUCAGUGACCGAAAUUGGACUCCUAAUUUUGAGUGGAUUCUUUAUAACAUUUAACUCAUUAUCAUAACCGUGUCAUAUUACCACUCUGGAGGAGAUGGCAUGACAAACUCAGCAAUGUCGUCAUGCCUUGCAAAAGAUGUGUCUCUUUCAUUAUAGCCGCAUUGAGCCUGCGCAAAUUAAUUAUUUCCAAGUUGGUAUCUACCAUAGUCAUUAUGAUUAUUGACAGUCUAUUUCAUUUUCCUUGGUUGCAAUCAUCUCACGAUGAAUAUGCUUUAUUGUGUCAUUAACUACUUCAAGGAAGCAGUCUCUUCUUUUUCUUCUUUCGUAGUCUGAAUAAUAUUUACCUCAUCUUCCCUCAUCUUCUGACUGUGUUAGAAACCGAGCCAGCUGUCCUCUGCGGCUGGAUUCCAUUUAUAGGCAAUUCUAGUGUCAGAUAACUUUGAGACGGUGGAGGACAUUCCGAGAUUGAGAUGCUAGAGCCCAAUUUUACGUGCCAAUUUCCAACUUAAAUUGAUAAAAGUUUUCUUCAAGUGGAAUAUUUCUUGUUUUUCUCAGCCCAUAGACAGGUCAUGCGUUCAUAUAAUGGCCUUUCAACAUCAACUUGUUUACUGACAAUUCCUAAUUCGAUCAUAGAGUCAGGUGAGAUGAAGGCAGUCAAAGCAGCACUUAAAUUAGUCAAAUUACAUCAAUCAUAUGAACUGCAAUGUUAAAUAGAACGAUCUGAUUGAGGAAUCAGAUAGAGUUCCAUGAAGCAGUAUCCCAAAUAGACAUGGAGUAUUGCCCUGGACUGGUUCAAUUGUCUAGGAAUACGCAUUUAAUUAAAUCCGAUCAUAUCUUUUUCGCAGAAAAUUUAGAUACAGGAUUCAGGGUAUUUGCAAUACGAAUGAAAAUUUGUAGAAAGUGUUGUUGAAUCAAGCCUCCGUUUUUGUUUAUGAUCCUUCUUCUACACCCUCAGUAUUCUCCUUCUCUUGUCUGUGUAUGCUACUAACCUAGAACAGGGGGACUGACAGCAGGCGGCACAUCUAAACACUAACCGAAUUAGUCAAACCUGACUGAACCAGCUAUAACAGGCUUCUUCCUCUAGGUUAUGUCCGGUUUAUUUUUCUUCUUUUCUUGGUUUCUUCAUAGUAAACAAGUGUAAAUAGUGAUACUUCAGAAACAAGUGGAAUUCCUACUAGUUAUGCGAAAACUGGUUCGUUUUCUAUCUCGCUAUGAGGGGCAUGCCCUGGAAUCCACCAUACGCAUUUUUUUUUCCCAGCAUUUCGUCAUUUGGAGCACUAGGGCACAUAUCUUCAUUAUUCGUUAAAAUUCUGUAUCCUCAUUUUCAUCGAUACACUACUGAUGCACAAACUCUUAUGGCCUUUAAUUUUCCAAUGCAGUACAGUGAUCAAGCAGAUGCUGAACGUGCCCUGAUACUCGACAAGUUUAGAAAAGCAACUGCAGAGUGGAAUUCUGUUAGUUCUCAGCCUCUGGAACCUGAUGGAACUGAAGACCAUGUGCAGUCACAUUUGAUGGUUGUAACUGAUGCUUGCCUCCCAAUAAUCGGAUCUGGGGAAGCGUCAGUUCAAGCUCGUGUCCUGAUUAAUUUUGAAAUACCUGCAAAGAAGGUGUGCCAUCUGCUAUUAAUAUAUAGAUCUAUUGUGGAACCAAAGGUGUCGGAUCACUGUGGUUACUUUUCCCAUAAUUUCUGGUACUUUUGUCAGGAAUUUGGUACCUUAUCUAUUGUAUUUUAGGAUUAGCAGUAGAUUUCGCAAAACUCGUUUUCAGUAUGUAAUGAAUCCUUAUUUCGGUUGUUUUUAAUGUAAGACUUGCGAAUGAUACUUGUCAAUGCUACUGCAAUUUAUGGUAACUUUAUUCUAUUUCGGGGGUAUUACUGUGGAAUUUGCCUUUUGAAAAUCAUCCAUCAUGUUUUGUGUCGUGCUAUCUGAUAAAAUCAUCCAAGACUUACGCAUAUGGAAUCAGGCAUAGUGUUGGAUAGACUUUAAGUUUUAAUUUGACUCAUUUUUUAUGAUUUAGUCGGACCAAAUAAUACAUCCUGACUAUGAGCUAAUGCAUUUUCUUAAAGUAAAACAGGUGAAUAUGAAGAAACAUUAACUAUCUAUCAUUCAUCUAGAUGAGGGAUAAUUUCUUCUUUAUUUAUUUUGUGAAUAUUCCCGCUUUUUAUCAUUUUAUUCAUAUUUUAUGCGUUUAAGAUUUCUACUAUUGUUUCCAUGUGCACGUUAAUCACUUGCUGGCGUGAAAAUGCUUCUGGUGGAUUGCAAUGACUUGUAAAAGUUUCUUUGCUUGUCCCUAAGGGAAGGGUUCACUUUUUGGAACAUUUAUAUAAUAUUAUUCAAAUCACAUGUUGACUGGCGGAUUAACUCCUAAGAAAUGUCCCCAUAAAGAGUAAGUAUCCUAUUGGAAACAAGGUCUGUAUUUUUUAGAGGAUUUAAUUAAUAUUGAUUGUUCUAUCAAUCAAGGUUUGGGUAUUCGAAUGAUACGAAAUUCUUUAGAAAUGUAGAAAUACUGAUCAGAUGAAACAGGCAUGAAAUGUCUACAAGCAGCCAUCAGGUCUCACAAAGUUACGAGGAGCUGCUCACAAAGUGAUAUGAAAUAGCCGAUCAAAGAAGAAUAAUGGAACUUUUCAAUGUUAUUGUUCCAAUGUUAUUCUAAAUAAAAGCUGAUAUAACAUCUUAUGGAAUGAGUUAGUGCCGGUAGUCUAUGCAACUUAAUGCUAGAGUUGUUCAAGGACCUGCCUUAUUUAAUGCGUAGAAAAUUGGAAUUGUCUUAUGCAAUACAAUUUCUUAACAUGGAUACCGUAGCUAUGGUUAAACUGGUUCAGGAUAUGAAAGCUUAAUGAUGAAUACUUUGAAGUUACCACUGAGAGGAAUAGAAGAUAUCUUAGUAGGUAUUGUAUAUUGUAUGUACUGUUAGAUCAUAUGAAGGGCAUUGUGAGGAGAUGUGGGUAUUAUGAUUAGAUCGUUAUGAUCGAUUGAUAGACAAGAACUAAUUAUAUUUAAUGAUUAUGGUGUGAAGUUAGGGAUAGCAGUUACAUAGAGGUACGCGUAUGGAUAUCAUUUAAAGUGAGCAACAUGCAAAGAAGGUAUGCUGGGUUUCUGAGGAACAAAAUAAUCAUGUUUUUUGGGGUAGAAGAAGGGAAAGCGAAAGACUCUGCAACUUGAAUGGAAGUUUGUAGAAGGACAGAAAGAUCCAUAUAAACAUAAUGAUUAUCAAAUUCUUGGACAUAAUGACUUGGGAUCCCAGGUGGUAUUGGUGAAUGCUAUGACGAAACAUAAACAAAUAUUCUCGUGCAAGGCAAGAUAUUGAAUAGCGAACUUGCCUAUGGUGUACAUUGAAAACACUAAUAGUCAGGACUAAAUAAAUGCAGUUGCUAUCCUGUGGACCUUAAUUGUACCCUUAACCUCAUGACUUUGAGAAAGAGAGAAAGACCUUUUACAGAUGGUCCGGUCGAAAGCACUGCUAGCAGAUAUGAGGACGUUGAUGGGUAUAAUUUUUUUUUUUAUUUAAAUCCGUCAAAGACCCGGUUAGAAUAUUAUUACAGAAGCAUACUGAUGGUAGUUAUUGUCGAGAAAGAACACUUUUGGACGGAGUGCAUAGGAUCAGCUGCUUCGGAUCAUAAUUGUCACCUGCUGAUCAGAUUUCGGGACGCGAAUUUGAUCCCCCUUGAACACAAAAAAUUGACACCAAAUAGGCUGAAUUGUCUGAUUAUCUUUCUGAGUUGAUCUCAUCUACUCUCACCCAGUUUGUUUAUUAAAGGCUAGCAAAGGGAUAAGAAGAAGAUAGGGGGAAGGGUUCUCAGCUGUAGUCCAGCCUAUGUAUACGACUUGUACGUUCCUUCCCCAAUCCGUGAGUCUGCCCUGCUUUUCCUUUCUGGGCGAGUUAUCAGUGACUUCGGUUUUUGUCUAAUUUCCCCUGAAGGAUAUUUUAUUGCAGUUUUGCAUUUUUUAAGUAAUUCUUUGAAUAAUUUACAUAGUUUUGGCUUUAAUGUCUCUCUUUCAUUCGUCACCCAAAAGACAUUGGCAGUUCCUGCCUUCUGUCCUGGCUGAUUGGAUCGCAGUCUGAUCAAUAUCCAAGCUGAUUCAGAUCCCAUUUUUAGAAUAACAUUUUAUUUAGAAGAUUAUGCUUUAUAUUUAGAAUAUUUAAAUGCUACAUUAGUUUUCCCUUCUUAAAAAUGUUAUUUUUUGUGAGUAAACUGGUCUGACAGUUAACAUUACUUAUUGAUUUGCUUUUUGGAAAUUUGCUUGUAUAUUGAAUCGCAUGGUUAGGAUAUGUUGGAAUAGAUACUCUUCCUGACUCUAUACCAUGUCGGAAAUAAAAUAUGCGAUAUUAUAUGUUGAGAUUUGGAACUAGAUUAUAAUGUGUGCCAUUCUUCAUUUGUUAAUCAAGAGUGCAACCUUGGGUUUGCUUGGAAGAUUUUCUUUAAGAGUUCUUGAGGUAGCUGGAGAUAAAUUCGUAAAAGAAAUUAGCAUGAGCAUUUGGGGUCUCACUGUCCUAUCGGAAAAGAAGAAAUUAACUCGCUCUUCAACCAGAGUAAAUAUGACGUAUAUAAUGUAGUUCAGAUCCAGAACUAUGCGAAUGCAAUUCAGUUCUAUUGAUUGUUACAUGAAGAGAAAGGGCAGUGUUGAAAGUGAAUUUGGCAACAAGGGAAUGAGUCCAAUAUUUAUUUCCUUCUGAAGAGAAGAGCGUGUGUUGAAAGUGAACACAUCAGAUAUGGUCGACUUUUUGUAAGAUGAUUGCUUUUUCUGCUCAAGAGAAGGAUGUGACAAAAAAGUUCCUAGUUGGAGUUACUACGUCAAUGUUAUUUGGAGGCAAGAUGGGAUGCCCUAAGUGUUUAAUUAUUUCUUAGGAGAAUGUCCCGGAUUGCUCUUUUAGAGAUCCCUAUGCUAAUAAUUUUUAUGUGCGUAUUGAUAUGAUAUUUUUUUUAUUGUACAAUGUUAUUCCCAUUGGGAGAUUGCUAGAUUAUGCAGAGUUUCCUGUUUCCCUUCUCUCACAUUAUUUACGGAAACAUCAGCAGUUACUGAUCUGGAUUGACCAUCACGUUGAGGACUAUUGCUCCGAAUUAUUUUGAGUUGAACAUUCUAUUGUCGUUCCAAGUCAGACCUUUUGUCGAGGAAGUUAUUCUGACCUCGCUCAGAUGAAGAUACGAAUGAAUUAUAUCUGAUAUCUUGGUAGUUGACUUUGUGGGACUAUCCCUAGUGUCAGUUAAUCACCAUAGAUCCCUGAGACGCAAUUCAUGUUUUGUUGUGCAAUAGCUAGUCUCUUAGAUGAUAUUCCCACUUGAGUUAAGAUGAGUCAUGUCAACCUCUCCUUAUGGAUGCUGGUGUUCAAUUUCAGGAAACCUAUAUGAGGCGAAUGUCAACUUGUUUGGCUGCAGGUUCCACUUCUGUAAAACAUUUCUUACCGUGUUUCAGAAGUAUAGCAAGAUGUUAAUGUGUAAAUAAUCAUUUGCAGAUGGAAUUGUGAUCAGUAUGGUUGUUGGAGGCGAAGUAGUUGUCCUGAAAGCCCUUGAGCAGGGCAGUGGACUUCUCAUAAAGGAGAUGCCCAUCUAUGUGAGCCGAUAUCAUUUAAUUGGCAACACUUUGUUGGAUUUCAGAUGAAUCAUGAAUACAUUACUUAUUUUAAUUUUAUUUUUUUUCCAUAUGUGACAGAUUUCAGAGAUCUUGUGA